GACCAAAUUUACUCUGUGAAAUUGGAUUUUUUAGCCAAACCAAAACGGUCGCACUAGCAUGCACGACCUCACAAAUACAACCUCACGAUCGUAGGAGUUGCAAACAAAAUUUGUGAAUAAGGACUGACAGAUUGUACGGAAGCGUUUCGACUUGUCCCACAAUGUCGGACAGCUCAGUGGCCGCAUCCGCGUCCGCAUCCUCGUCUUCUCCCGCCAAGUCGAGUCUUAGUGACCUGCGACAGUUUCGCAUCAACAAGAAUGCCUCAUCUGUCGCCGCGGGUCCUGCGAAAACUGAGCGAGUUCCUGGCAAAAAGCGCAUUCAGGUGAUGGCCGAUAGUGACAGCGAUGGAAACGACUCCCAAACGCCCAAGAAAACCAAACUGGAGUUGACCGUGAAAGAAAAGGAGGAGCGCUAUAUGGCAGCUGCCAAGAUUUCGCCCCAGUACGACACAAUGGCCAUUCAAGAGUCGCUAUCCCGUACCAAUUGGGAUGUGGCUGCCUCUAUACGCUACCUAAGGGAGAACUGCAAACCCAAGGGCCAGAAUGGACCGUUGUUCAAGCCGAAGCUAAAGCCAAGUUCAAAUGGAACUAGCGGAAGGUCACAGGGUCACUUCUCGGAUAAUGACCACUCAGAUGAUGAGGAUGUAAAGCAGUCCAAGGAUCAGGUGUACGACAGCGAUGAUAGCGACUCCGAGAUGUCAACCAAAAUGACAGGGCAGCGAAAAAAAGUUUUCCAGUUCAUGAACGAGGCUACUCUUAUUGAGCUGCAGUCUGUUAAAACGCUGUCUGAGAAAAAAGCAUUAGCCAUCAUAGAAUGUCGACCUUUUAGUGACUGGGCCGGACUACGCAAAAAACUGGAGAGUAUCAAAAUGUCGGGUGAUCUCUUGAACUACGCGCAGGAGCUGAUCAAUAAGCAGAACACGGUGGCCAACAUUCUAAGCAAGUGCAACAACAUGGUGUCGCGUCUGGAGAAGGCGAUUUCCAAUGGUGCUGGCAUUGCAGAGCAGCCUAAACUUCUAAGCAGCGGUCUACAGUUGGCUGACUAUCAGAUCAUUGGGCUUAACUGGCUCACUGUAAUGCAUAAACAAGAAAUGAAUGGCAUUUUGGCGGACGAAAUGGGUCUGGGAAAGACAAUUCAGGUGAUUGCAUUUCUGGCUUAUCUAAAGGAGAAUGGUCUAAGCCAGGCAGCCCAUUUGAUUGUGGUUCCUUCGUCCACGCUGGAUAAUUGGGAAGCGGAAAUUUCCCGCUGGUGUCCCAAACUGGUAGUAGAGAAGUAUCAUGGCUCGCAGGACGAGCGGAGGAGAAUGAGAGGUAGAUUUGCUAGGGAUGGCUUUACUGGUUUCGAUGUUCUUCUGACCACUUAUCACAUUGUUGGAUCCACUCCUGAGGAAAGAAAAAUGUUUCGAGUUUGCAAGUUAGAUUACGUUAUCUUUGAUGAAGCGCACAUGCUGAAAAACAUGACUACGCAACGCUAUGCCAACCUUAUAACCAUCAAUGCCAGGAUGCGUAUUCUUCUUACCGGAACUCCGCUGCAGAACAAUCUGCUGGAGCUAAUUUCUCUUCUAUGUUUCGUGAUGCCCAAGUUCUUUGCUAAGAGUAUUGAGGACAUUAAAUCGUUGUUCGUUAAGAAGGGAAAAUCCGAUGGCGACCAGGAAGAGGUGUCACAGUUUCAGGAAACACAGAUCCAGAGAGCCAAGCGCAUCAUGAAACCAUUCGUGCUUAGACGCCUUAAAAAAGAUGUACUCAAGAACCUGCCCAAGAAGCUAAGUCUAGUGGAAAAAGUAUCCAUGAGCAAUCAACAAAAACACUAUUAUCACGAAUUAGUAGAGUAUUAUUCCAAUAAUAAGGGAGAGGUGUGCAGCAGUAGUGAAAGGGCCGGGAUAGCGAUCAUGAUGGAGAUGCGACGCAUUGCGAACCACCCGUUGCUGAUGCGGCACUACUUCACCGAUGCUCAUCUGCGUGGAUUUUCUAAGCGCCUGGCAAGUGUCAGUUCCUACAAGAAGACCAAUGAGCAAUAUAUCUUUGAGGAGCUCGCCGUCAUGUCUGAUUUUCAGGUCUUUCAGUUGUGCAACAAGCAUGAAUUUUACGAUGUGAAAAUACCCGACGAGUUAAUCUGCGAUUCCGGGAAAUUCCGGUACCUGGACACACUGCUUCCAAAGUUAAAGGAAGAGGGGCACCGUGUUCUGCUUUUCAGUCAGUUCGUCAUGAUGCUGGACAUUGUGGAGGAAUAUUUGCGGAUACGAAAGUUUGGUUUCUGCCGUCUGGAUGGUGCGACUGCCGUGAAUGUCCGCCAGGACUUAAUUACUGACUUUAAUGUGGACGACAGCAUUUUCGUGUUCCUGCUCUCCACAAAAGCCGGGGGCGUUGGCAUCAAUCUGACAGCUGCCGACACCUGCAUUAUUCACGACAUCGACUUUAACCCUUACAACGAUAAGCAAGCCGAGGAUCGGUGUCACCGUAUGGGUCAGCAGCGCCCGGUGACCAUUUACCGCCUAAUUUCCGAAAGUACCAUUGAGGAAGGCAUCCUGAUGGCCGCCGAAGAGAAGCUAAAGUUAGAAAAGGACAUUACUUCUAACGAGAAGGGCGAGGUGCACGAGCAGCGCUGUGUGGUCAAGCUACUAACCACGGCUCUAGGAUUGGACAAAGAUCAGGAGGAACAGCUAAAUAACUCACUGAACAACUCUAUAGCAUCGCCCGCCAAGUAGGCAUUCUCGUUGUCGUCGUUCUUGUCUUUUUCCCCACCUCCGUAAUUAUUAAUUGGAUCAACGUAUCCUAAGUCCCUAGCGCGUUCAUAUUUUGUUAAAAUCUUUUGAGUAAUUCUACUGGUCUAUUGAUUAAUUGAUUGUAUUUAUAUUUUAUAAACUUGUGGCUAGGAACGAGCGAUUUUGCGGAAACUCAACGGAAAGUGGAUCAUAAAUUGGUUUAAUAAUUUGUCAUCAAUAGAACGACAACUGUUCAUCUUUAGUAACAAAAACAUUUCCACCUAAGCCAAGGCAGACAAUUUCAUAUUCUUGUUUUAUUGAUUUGUCAACCUGCAUAGUUUUCUUUUCUUUAAGCUUUUAUGUAUAGAAUUGAAAAUCUUGUUAUAAGGAUAAAAAUCAUUUGUGUACGAAUGGGAA